AUGAGUGCUGGCGUGUGGAUGAGUGCUGGCGUGUGGAUGAGUGCUGGCGUGUGGAUGAGUGCUGGCGUGUGGAUGAGUGCUGGCGUGUGGAUGAGUGCUGGCGUGUGGAUGAGUGCUGGCGUGUGGAUGAGUGCUGGCGUGUGGAUGAGUGCUGGCGUGUGGAUGAGUGCUGGCGUGUGGAUGAGUGCUGGCGUGUGGAUGAGUGCUGGCGUGUGGAUGAGUGCUGGCGUGUGGAUGAGUGCUGGCGUGUGGAUGAGUGCUGGCGUGUGGAUGAGUGCUGGCGUGUGGAUGAGUGCUGGCGUGUGGAUGAGUGCUGGCGUGUGGAUGAGUGCUGGCGUGUGGAUGAGUGCUGGCGUGUGGAUGAGUGCUGGCGUGUGGAUGAGUGCUGGCGUGUGGAUGAGUGCUGGCGUGUGGAUGAGUGCUGGCGUGUGGAUGAGUGCUGGCGUGUGGAUGAGUGCUGGCGUUUGGUUCAGCGGCGCACAAUCAUAG